AUGGCUUCUUCAGGGGGACUGAGCAACUGCAUUGUUGCUUUCAUGGCUGUAUAUCCCAAUUCACCAAGCAAACAGGCUAUAGAAGCUAUCCAAGACAAUCGCCACUGGCAUGGUCUAUGCAGAAAAGCUCCUCUUCCUCUGCCUAUUACAGUUACCGAUGGUCUCCUCACCCAAUUUGUGUUCGGGGCAGCACCCGGCUGCGAUUUCAGACUGCCCGAGCUGGAUGGUGUCAAACAGCAGUGUCUUUCUCUCAGAUUUGAAGGGCAGCGCUUGAUCCUUCAAGACCUCGACUCUGGCAGCCAUAGCGAUAAUCCUGCGAUCUCAGAGGACGGUCAAACAUUUUGCAGAAUCGGUGGGCCUUUCCUGACUUUGUGGGAUGGCUCUAGGGCUCAUCCAGGAGUUCAUCUCAGAUUCCAUUCUGAGCUCAAGUUUUUCCUUUUCGUCAAUGAAAAUGUUCUACCAUGCAUAUCCGGGAUCGUCAGCGCGCUGUCACGUCAACGCCAAUCGCUUGAAGAGAAUCCAUCUCCUUCCACAACGGAGUCUGGGCAAGACUUUCAACAAGAUCUCGAGCUACAAGGUCCUCAAAUGAAGAUGGCAGAGAUGUCUGACAAUCGAUACCCUGCACAUUAG